GUGGAUCGGAUGGCUAAGAUCCUGCUACCCUUUGCCGGUAGAGAGAUCCCAGCCGUUCGCCCGUGGGUUCCACGUCACGAGUGUCCCUCCCUGGCACGCUCCACAGGACGAGGUGAUCCGCCCCCAAAUCGACGCCCACCACGCCGCAUGAUCCGCCCGCGUCGCCUCUUCCUCCCCAACUCGCCGAUCCACCGGACCCCCCUCCCAAGCCCGCCUCGCCCCCGCCGCUCCCCGCUCUCCGCCUGCCUGGCGGCCCAAACCCUAGCCCCGGCCCGGCGCCUCGCGCCACUCGGCCUGCUGAUGGAUCCGGCCCCGCCAUCGGCGGGAGCGGACGCCGACGCCGAGACAAACGGAGAUGCUGUUGCCUACGUGGACGCCGCGGAGUUCGCGGACGCGGGAGUGGGGGGAGAGGACGCGGAGCCUCGGGUGACGGCGGGGGGCUACGAGCCGCCCAAGGAGCUGCCCGAGGAGCUCGCCAAGGGGGUGGUGUGCCUCGAGUGCGCGACUUCGGCCCAGGCGGUGGAGGCGGGAGAACGCGGCACCUGCCGCGUCUACGUCGUCGGCACAGCCCAUGUUUCGCAGGAAUCAUGUGAUCAAGUGAAAGCCGUCAUCAACUACCUGAAACCUCAGGCUGUUUUCUUGGAACUCUGUUCCAGCAGGGUUUCCAUUCUGACACCGCAAAACCUUCAGGUUCCUACUAUGAACGAAAUGCUUGACAUGUGGAAGAAGAAGAAGAUGAAUACUUUUGGGAUACUCUAUAGCUGGUUUCUUGCACAGGUUGCUAGCCAACUUGAUGUGUUACCUGGAGCUGAGUUUCGAGUGGCAUUUGAGGAAGCGAUGAAUUAUGGCGGCAAAGUUAUCCUUGGGGAUCGCCCUGUCCAGAUCACUUUGAGGAGAACUUGGGGGAAAAUGUCAUUGUGGCACAGGACCAAAUUUCUGUACUACAUCGUUUCCCAGUCCUUAUUUUUACCAAGCUCAGAGGACCUUAAUAAAAUGUUAAAGGACAUGGAUGAUGUUGACAUGCUAACACUUGUCAUUCAAGAGAUGAGUAAGGCGUUUCCUAGUUUGAUGGAGACACUUCUACACGAACGUGAUAUGUAUAUGUCUUCCAAAUUAUUGAAGGUAGCAAGGGAACAUUCUUCAGUGGUGGCAGUUGUGGGAAAAGGGCAUGUUUCUGGAAUAAAGAAAAAUUGGCAACAGCCAAUUGAGGUACAAACUUUAUUGGAAUUACCAGUGGUUAAGCAAGGUGCUUCCAAGAUGAAAAUUUUGGCAUCAGUUGGAGUAUUAAGCGGUGUAGUAAUAGCAACUGGAGUCUAUAUAUGGGGUAAAAAAUAACAAUGUAUGAAUCAAUGUGUCAAGCAUUCUGUUCAGCAUUUGUAGUUUCUAAUAAAGAAGUAUUAGUACUAUUUAGUUCUUACUUGCACUUUUGAUUUUACAAUAGGCAUAAAUUCUGAAAUUAAAGCUAUACAAAUGAAAGAACAAUUUUACUGCAUU